UAUUGUCGCCUUUUUUUCUUGAAAUUCACCAGGCACUUUGCAUUAUCGCCAUCAUCUUUCGUCUUGUCGUUGCUCAAGUGGCAAGAAAAGCCCCAAGAUGACAGGUAGCGCAAGUUACAGGCCUUGCAGCCUUGCAUGAAGCUCCACGGCCAAUCUGCAGUUAAUUUCACCUCCCUCUCCUUCUCCCGUCCCGUCACCUUGCGCCCAGACUCGGACGCACGUCCUUCAAAGCGCCACACCAGCCCAGCUUUUUUCUUCUUCUUUUCUUCAUCUGCGCCAUUUGAAGCAUCUUGUUUGUUUAUUCGUCGUCACUCGUUAAACCACGUUCUUUUUCGUCUUCUUCUACUUUUUUCUUCUCGCCCAAUCAUACGCUUCAUCUCUCCCUCCCUUUGCUCGUAUUCGCACUUCCCGUGUCCUCAUUCGCCUCUGCCCACAAGCAGCUCUCGCCCCCCGCUAGCUCGUGCGACCACGACAUCAGUUCUGGCAUCUCCCAUCGUGCAGGUCACCGACUUGGACCCUGACCCUCAACGCGGCGAACGAGAACGGCGCCCAUCUCUUCUCUCUCGGCGCCUCCGCCGUGGAUCCUCCAGGAGCACGUCUCCUAAUGCGUCCAAGGAGGCUCUAAGCGAGAUAGCUCAGCUCCCCGAACCACCAGCGGCGGCCAAGACAACUUCCUCCCCUGAGAAGCACACGAUACUCUCGCCCUCGAGGCUCACGACUUCGGCUCGACCUUCCACGAGCAGCGACAAUUACCGCCCCGUCAUUGUGAAUACGCCGCCCACACCCGUCGAGAGAACAAACCCACUCGCUCUACACCUGGACAAGAAACUACCGCCCGCCAUUACAGAGCCCGCAUCAGCUGGGGAUGCAACGUCCUUUUCUUCUUCUUCUUCCCAGGGUAUAAGCGCACAUCGAAGAACCAAAUCGGGAUCUGCCAGCAUCGGACCCAGCAAACUAUCCAACAUCACAACUGCUCCGCUCUCACCCACCCCUGAGAUCGGCGAAGUCCAACCCCCGAACUCCGCAGGAUUCUUCUCGUCCAUGUUCUCGGUUGCCCAGAACGCUGCCAGCACAAUUAGUAGCAACAUUCAGGGUGGUGGCAUUGGGAUUGGAGGAAACAAGAGUCGGACGAAUCAGGCGUCUAAGCCACAGUCAUCCCCUGCCGCAAGCCAAGCAGAAGGCGACCGUGCAGAAACCCCACCAUCCGAGGCUCGGUCAAGCACCGGAAUGGAUAAAAAGGAGCUGGCAGUUAAGACGAUUGGUACUGGAGAACUCAGCUUGAGCCAGCUCGGUAUUAUGGAACCCUCAGCAGCCAUGCCCGCCCUCGAAACGUCUCGAUUUCCCGAUCUCAACGACACUCGGGCGCGGUCUGAGUCUGCUCCAGCAGCAGAUAGCCAACCCAGACUCGCAGACGAUAUCGUCCUCGACGAGUCCCUCAGCAGACCCAGGUCGCUAUUCGAAGCGGCCAAUGGCGAGGAGGGAGGUUCGCAGUCUGACCAAGCCGACGGUAAGGAUGAGAAGAGCGACUCGCAAAGGAAACGAGGAAGCUCUACAGCCACCACAAAUACGGUCGCGCCGCCGGCGCCAGCUGGCCCAGCUCCAAAGCUCACAGGAUUCGCCAUUGCUAGUAAAAAGAGGAACCGUGAUUUCCACACAUUCUUCAAGAGUGUACCGGAUGAUGACUACCUUAUCGAGGACUAUAGCUGUGCGUUGCAGAGAGAGAUUCUCGCGCACGGUCGGUUAUACGUCUCAGAAGGCCAUCUUUGCUUUAGCAGUAACAUUCUCGGGUGGACAACGACAUUGGUCAUGAGUUUUGACGAGAUUGUAUCCGUCGAGAAGAGAAGCACUGCCCUCGUGUUCAAAAACGGACUCAUGAUAUCAACUCUCCAUGCCAAACACAUAUUCGCCAGUUUCACUAGCAGAGAUGCUACAUAUGAUUUAAUUGUCAACAUCUGGAAGCUUGGCCACCCCACCUUGACUAGCACUCUCAACGGAGUUCGGGUAGAGGGCACCGGUGGUGACAAGACCGAAAAACUUGACGUCGAGGCCGCAAGCCUGGAACCAGAGACGCCAGCCGGAUCCGACUCCGAAGGGGAUAGCGAUGAUGACGACGAUGAAGAUUUCUACGAGGAGGACAGCGAUAGAGCUCCCGAGCCUCAGGUAGCAGACGCCAGCAGCAACGGCGCAGACACCGGCAAGCCGAAUAGGAAAGCAUCCGGCGCUGUCGCUCUCAGUGCAGCUGUCGUUGAUGCGGCGGCCGACGGGCAAGCCCCCGCAGCCGCCGCCGGAUCGUUCCCGGGCCCUGCCACUCAUGCUCCGACCGAGUGUGGCGACGCCGAUACGCACUAUGACAAGUUUCUGGCCGACGAGAUCAUCCCAGCUCCGCUGGGCAAGGUAUUCAGCAUGCUAUUUGGUGAAUCCUCUGCUGAAUGGAUGGGCAAGUGGAUUACGGAGAACCAAAAGUGCUUUGAUUUGCAGAUGGAGGACAAGAAGGGCAUGGGUCCAGACAGUCGCACUCGCGGCUUCACUUAUAUCAAGCCGCUGAAUGCCCCAAUUGGCCCCAAGCAAACAAAGUGUAUCGUCACUGAAACUGUGGACAAUAUCGAUUAUGAAAAGGCGGUCAAUGUGAGCGUGGCGACGCAGAAUCCCGACGUCCCCAGCGGAAACAUUUUCCGCGUCAAGACCAAGUACUGUCUCUCAUGGGCUGAGAACAAUGCCACUCGUGUGCAAGUCAACUGUACUACAGAAUGGAGUGGCAAGAGUUGGCUCAAGGGUACCAUUGAGAAGAACGUCAACGAGGGUCAAGCCCAGUAUUGCAAAGAUUUGUUUACAGCCCUGAAGGCAGCUGUCUCUACCCGACCGCGGUCCGCUACUAACGGAAACGGAGCUGUCAAGGGCAAGAAGAAGGGCAAGAAGAGCAAGGCGCUGCAAUCAUCAACUGAGUCUAUUAGCCCCAGUGCACGCGCCAAAAAGGAAGAGCCAAACUGGGGCCUAUUGGAACCAGUCCGCCCGAUUCUGGAACCUGUUGUCGAUAUCCUCAAACCGAUCCUCACCGGCAAUAUCGUUUACGGGCUCCUUGUGGGGUUAUUGGUUGCGACUUGGUUUGGGUUUGGUCUCACGCCCAGCAGCAAUAAGAGCCCCGCACCGUUUGGGCACGAACCCGCCAUGCAGAGCGCAUACCGUCUUGCGGCAUACGACGAGAUGUGGCGCCGGGAAGAUAGCGAGCUUUGGGACUGGUUGGAAGAGCGGGUGAGCCUGGAGCGGCUUUCCGUAGAACGGACGAAUGCUCGCAGGCGAGAGGCAGACCCCCGAACGUUGGAAGAGAAGCUGAGAGAAGAGCGCAUGGACGAGCGGGAAGUGCAGGAAGCGAUUCGAGUCACGGAGGAGAAGCUCAAGGUGUUGAGAGAAGUCAUGGCGAGAGGCAAGCUGCUAUAACAACUGCACGCCUUUGUAAGAAGAAGGAUGCAUCCUAUUUUCGUUUUCACCAUCUUUGUUCAGGUCACACACACAUAUGGCACAGCACCGCAUCCGACGCAGCGCACAUUACGGCAUACAUAUCAUAUGUUUGAGCCCUUUCUUUAGUCAAAGUAUUUUCCUUAGUUUAUGUAUAUAUAAGAGUAGUACGGAGUAUUUGGCGAGCCCAGCGCGGGAAAUAUCACAAUUGUUUGCUAUGUUAUGAGGGGUUAGGCAUUUUUCCUACUGCUACCAGUGCUUGUGUUACAAUGAGUUUGAGCUCGCUUCGGAUCAGUUUGUACAUGGCAUGUGCGA